CCGAAGAAGAGAUAGUGCGCAGAAACAAGGCGAAACGACAUUAUCAGAAAUCCAGCACGGAUUUUAAAUAUAAUAAACCAGCCUUUGGUGACCUUGCUUAUAAAUUUGUAUGUAUAUUUUAUCUUCUAAAGCGUCAACAUUUUCUGGCCGUUAUAGUAUAAAGGCUGAUGUCAAAGCGGUGUGUGUUUAAAGGCCUCCACGAGGUCGGAACCGCUUGCUGCUAAUUGUCUCGUUUUGGAAACUGAAGUCCAGAAUGUCCAGCUUCAACUUCGGCACAAGCACCCUCGGGGCUGCCAACACCGGCGGGGGGUUCUCAUUUGGAGCUGCGACCGGCACACCUGCUGCAGGCACAGGUGGAUUCACGCUUGGAGGUUUUGGUACAGCUGCCUCCACACCGGCUACCACUAAUACCACCUCAUCACUAGGAUUUGGGUCCAGUUUAUUUGCACAGAAACCAACAACUGGAUUUGGCUUUAACGCACCUGCCUCUGGGGCUGCUGCAUCAUCUACUGGCCUUACAUUAGGGAGUCUUACCACCUCUGUGGCUCCCAAUGCUUCCACUGGGUUCAGCCUGGGCUUUGGAAAGCCAGCUGCCUCAGCUGCACCUUUUUCUUUGACAACCACAACCGCUGCACCUGCAGGCUCAGGUCUGACUCUAGGAUCCAUCCUCACGUCCACAGCUCCCCAGACCAGCUCCACUGGCUUCUCCCUCAACUUGGGAGGAGCAGCCACAACUUCCUCCACCCCUGCCUCUGGUUUUUCCUUUGGUUCUGGUCUCUUCUCCAACACCGCCUCAACAGGUUUGGGACAGUCCACUUUAGGUGGAGGUUUGAAUCUGGGCGGUUUGGUCUCUACCUCUGUUGCCACUGCCCCUGCACCCAGUCUUGGCCUGGGUGGAGUCGACUUUAGUACUUCCUCUGAAAAGAGUAAUGACAAAUUAUCCAACACCAGACCUGAGGAUAGCAAAGCUCUCAAAGAUGAAAACUUACCAGGUCUAAUAUGUCAAGAUGUGGACAGCUUUCAGAAGUUUGUCAAGGAACAGAGGCAAGUGCAAGAGGAGAUCAGCCGGAUGUCCUCUAAAGCCAUUGUCAAAGUGCAGGAGGACAUCAACACCCUCAGACAGCUUCUGUCUGUCUGUGCCAGUGGACUGCAGAGAAAUUCACUCUCAAUAGACAAACUGAAGAUAGAAACUUCUCAGGAAUUGAAGAAUGCAGAUAUUGCUCUCCUCACCCAGAAAACCCCUCCUGGACUUCAACAUGAAAAUACAGCACCUUCUGAUUAUUUCCGAGCUCUGGUAGGGCAGUAUGAAGUGCAGUUACAGCAGUACCGUCAGCAGAUCGAAGAACUGGAGAAUCAUCUGACCACCCAGAGCAGUGGCUCCCUCAUCACCCCUCAAGAUUUGUCCCAGGCCAUGCAGAAACUCUACCAGACAUUUGUGGCUCUUGCUGCACAGUUGCAGGGAGUUCAUGAGAAUGUUAAGACCCUAAAACAUCAGUACCUGAACUACAGGCGAGCCUUCCUGGAGGACUCCACUGAUGUGUUUGAGUCCAAGCGUGCUGCUAAUAAGAAGUGGCAGAGCUCUUCACACAUCACCACAGGCCCUGCCCCCUUUGGCAGCAUUCCCAAUGCAGCAGCCGUUGCCAUGGCUGCCACUCUCACUCAGCAGCAGCAGCUGGCUCCAGGACCACAGGCGCCCCUGGGGGCCAGUUUUGGCACCUCAUUUUCAUCUGGUAUUGGCACCAACAUGGGCUCAUCCAGCCUUGGAGCAUUUGGUAGUGGCCCUGGGUUUGGGGGCGUGGCAACAGGAGGUUUGUCAUUCGGGUUUUCCUCUAGCAAGCCAUCUGGAGGGAGCCUGAGCGCAGGGUUUGGAACUUCCAACAACUCGGGCUUUAAUUUCAGUAACCCAGGUAUCAACGCAUCGGCUGGGCUGACUUUUGGCGUCUCCAACACACAGACUCCUGGUUUUGGGACAGGUGGGCCACUGCUACAGCUUAAAAAGCCUCCAGCGGGCAACAAGAGGGGCAAGAGAUAAAACAGCAUGUUGGUGGUAAAGGGAAAUGUCACGAGGUGAAGACAAUGUGUGUCUCAAAUCUUUAUUUUUAUACAUAUACAGUAUAUAUAUAUGUGUGUCUACAUAUAUAUAUAUAUUUUUUAGUUUUGUUUUUCUCUGUUGGAUGCCAUUUAAGACAUAUGAGAUUGUCCUGUUCAGUUUUCCCUUUCACUCUUGUGACUGCUGUGUUCUCUUGUUGACCAUUGACUACACUGAUAUCUGGCGAGAACAAAAAAUUGUAAAACCUGAUCGGUGGCAGAUGAAUUGCAUAUGAUUUAAUGCAGUGUAUGUUGUCCUGCACAUAAAACCUGUAAACAGAUUUCAGUGUAGAUUUGAGAUAUUCAUGAACAGAGUUUACCUUUGUUUGUAACUUUAUUUUCAGCUACAUGCUCUGUAAUUGUAAAUGUGUCAUCCCAUAAAGAUCUUUUUUUUUUUUUUUUUUUUUUUGUAAAUUGUACUAAAUAGAUGUCAGCCUGUAUGUAAAGAUCCAAGUUUGUUUACCCUAUAUUGUCUGAUUGUUUUCAUUACAUAUAGUGAAAAGUUUUUCUAUACUUAAGUAAACUUUGUUCAAACAAAUAUUUUUCGACUUGAAAGAUGUUUAUUAUUAAAAGAAA